GAAAUGGCCACUCUUGGGAGCCUUGAAGGAUUCCAGCCUGUGUCACUUCAGCAAGAGGGAGAUGAACAGCCCUGUGAGACUGACCAUUUGUCUGUGGAGGAAGGAGAUCCAGCCAAGGACUCAGUACCGAGGUCCAUGUCGAGAGUGUCAAGUGUGACUGAGUCAAGACUUUACCCCAAUCCAUACCAUUGGCCUUUUGUCUCACGGAAGUUCUUCGUUACACGGCCAGGGGCAAUCGAGACUGCCAUGGAAGAUUUGAAAGGCCGUAUAGCUGAGACAUCUGAAGAAACCAUUCAAGGAUUCUGGCUUUUGACAGAGAUAGACCACUGGAACAAUGAGAAGGAAAGGAUACUGCUACUCACAGACAGAACUCUCUUGAUUUGUAAAUAUGACUUCAUCAUGCUCAGUUGCGUGCAGCUGCAGCGGAUUCCCCUGAGUGCCAUUGAUCCCAUCUGCCUGGGCAAGUUUGUCUUCCCUAGGAUGUCACUGGACAAGAGACAAGGAGAAGGCCUUAGGAUCUAUUGGGGAAGUCCAGCGGAGCAGUCACUGCUGUCCCGCUGGAACCCAUGGUCCACUCAGGUUCCCUACGCUACCUUCACUGAGCACCCUGUGAAAUACACCAGUGACAAGUUCCUCGGGAUUUGCAAGUUGUCCGGGUUUGUGUCUAAGCUUGUUCCAGCUGUCCAGAAUGCCCACAACAAUUCCACUGGAUCCAGCCGAAGAAAGAGCCUGAUGGUGUUAACUGAACCCAUUUUGAUUGAGACCUACGCAGGCCUAAUGUCAUUCAUUGGAAACCGCAACCUACUGGGUUAUUCCCUUGCCCGUGGAAGUAUUGGUUUUUGA